AUGAGUCUCCGACUGGCCGCCCAGAGGCUGGCAGUGUCAGAGGGCCUUUCUACAGCAAGAACUGCGCAUCCGGUACCCAGCACACCAAUUCCCGUCCUCUCCGCAACCUUCGGACCUACAGUUCAGCGACGACAUAAAUGGGCCUCAAACCUCUUCAAAGGAUGGGGCAAACCACGAAAUAAGGGCGCCGAGACCGUGGCUUCCCUGGAUCCUACGUCUCAACUUGACAACCCCAAGAGCCGCGAGGAGUAUCUUCAAAAGAGCAUGUACAGUGGCGUGGAGGACAACAUUUUCCAAGACGAAAUCGAGACAGGAACUUCGGAAGCCGCCGCACCUGGCACCCCUGAGAUCGAACAAAAGACGAAGGAGAGCAUGGCCAUGGUUGUGGACCCCGAUCCUCGAAGCCGAGUUCGCUGGCAGCGAAAGAAGGUCAUCCAGAUGGUCCGUCGUAACGGUCGUUUGACCAAGGAAGAGCGUAUCCAGAUGACAGAGCGACAGCUCCUGCACAAGAGCGAGUUCAUGCCCACAAGUGUCAAGAAGCUCGUCAUGCUGGCCCGUCAGAUCGCUGGCAAGACUGUCGACGAUGCUAUUCUGCAGAUGAAGUGGUCAAAGAAGAAGAUGGCGGCUGAAAUGGCAUACUAUCUUGAAGAAGCCCGCGAUUUGGCUGUUGCUCAGCGGGGAAUGGGGCUUGGAAAGUUCAACGACGAAAUUUUGAAAACGCCCAAGAAGAUACAGACUAUCGACGGAAAGUGGCUUGAGAUUGAGGACCCUACACGCAUGUACAUCGCUCAAUCGUGGGUUGGAAGAGGACCCUGGCGAGGAAAGAGAAUUGACUACAAGGGUCGAGGACGCAUGGGUAUCAUUAGACAUCCCAGCACAAGUCUAACUGUCUUGCUCAAAGAGGAGAAGACAAGAAUACGAGAGCAUGAGGAGCGCGUGGCGAAGAAGAAUAAGAAGGGGCCCUGGGUGCAUCUGCCCAACCGACCUGUGUAUGGACAAAGACCAUACUACUCGUGGUAA